ACAACAUAGAGGUGUUAAACCACCUUCUUCAUAUUGCUUUCAUUAGCAAGUUUGAAGGCAAAGAAAGAAAAAAGCUAAAUUAUGCGAACUCCACGUUCCCUUUUCAUCAUCUUCUUCUUCUACUUCGUCGCCUUCCACCUUCAUCGCCGCCUUCUCAACACUGUCGCCACUGCUCCCUUGCCGGCCAGCAACAGCCCUAUCACCAGUAACUCCGAUUUUAUCCGUUCGAGUUGUCAAACUACACAAUAUCCUGACACAUGCUAUAACUCUCUCUGUAGCUACGCCAGCAUUGUCCAACAGGACUCUGCUCGGUUGGCUCUUGUAGCCAUCGGAGUUAGUCUAGACAAAGCCAAAUUUGUCGUGGCAUACCUUUCCAACCUCUCCCGUGAAGCGGAGUACGGGGCCCAGCCACGAACCGGGGCUGCUCUACACAACUGCUUCUCUGUGUUCAGAGAUUUCGUGGACCAAAUACGCGACUCGCUAAAUCAAAUGAGGACGCUCGGGGGCUCGGGCGAGUCGUUGAGGUUCCAGAUUAGCAACGUUCAAACAUGGAUGAGCGCCGCCUUAACGAAUGAAGAAACGUGUACGGACGGAUUUGAAGAUGUUCCUAAUGGACCCUUGAAGAUGGACGUCUCUGAUCGUGCUGCUUAGGUGAAGGAGGUGACCAGCAACGCUUUGGCUUUGAUAAAUAGUUAUGCUAAUAAAAUGUCAUAGAUGCCGGUGAGCAUUAGCAUAAUUGGUAAAGUUACUGCAUGUAACUAGAAGGUCAAGAGUUCGAGUAGCGGAAACAGCCUCUUUCAGAAAUGCAAAGUAAAACUGCGUACAAUAGACCCAUGUCAUCUGGCUCUUCUCCGGAAUUGGCGCAUAACGGAAGCUUAAUGACCGGGCCGGGCUACUGAGCAUUAGGAAAAAAUAUUAGUUCAAGCUUUUAGACUAUUAUCAAAGUGUGAAAUUAUUUUUCGCAGUACUUUUAGGGGGGGAAAGGAACAAAUUAAUGAAAAAAUAAAUUGAUGGGGCGA